GUGAGUCGUUGUUGGUCCGGAAGUGUGAUUUACCGCCCAAAAUUUUGUGACGUCAGACAGUGGAGGCGAUGAAAAUUCAACUAGAGAAUUUUUCAUGUGAAAAGUGGUUAAAUAUUACUGUUGUGCACAUGCUAAAUUUCCCCUUACAGUUGUUACCGUUUUGAUAAAGUGAUGCAUGCAUAAUCUUUGCACAUUGCAAGUUGUUUGGCAUAAUAUACAGUAACAAGUAAUCUUUGAACCUUUCACUCUCGGACGUGCUGGAGUGUCAACAUGGAUACCGACAAUCCGUGGACAAAGAGUGAAACGUUUGCUUGGAAUGAAGGACGCAGAAUUGUUGAUUUGUUUGAGCUUUCUAAACAGCUUCUGUGCAAGCGCUGUGAAGCUUUGUUAGAUCUAAGAAGGAUUGAAAGGGAAGACCGAUUUGGGUUCGCAAGUGUACUUUAUGUGCCUUGUGUUUGUGGUGUUACAAAUGAACUGCACACCAGCAGAAAACAGGAGCCAAGUAGCCCAUCAAAUCCUAUGUAUGAAGUAAACAUCAAAGCAUCCAUAAAUCUGCUUUUGUAUGGCACUGGAGCCUCUAAUAUUCUGGGCUUUCUGGCAGUUUUGGAUAUACCUGUUCCACCUCCGGAUGAUUCUUGCCUUAUAGUCCCUGUGACAUCUGACCCUGGCACAUCAUGUACUGUGACAACUUCCAUGUCGUCUUCGGGAGCAUCUGUGGCAUCUCUUUCUCUUCCAGUUUCUUUUGACAUUCAGAGACAAAUGUCAUCCGCUGGGGUCGUUUCUAUGGACACAAUUCAUUCUUACCACCUUGAGCAUUCACUUCAUUUUCUUCAUCAGGAAGCUGAUGACAAAGCAGAUGAAGAAGAAAUGAAGCAUUCAGUAAAAACUGACAUUGUCAGGAAGGAUGGUGUCAAGCAGCAAAAAGGACAGCCACAAGAAGUCACAAGGGGAAAGGGGCAACCACAAGAGGUCAUACCAAAAACGGCUGAAGGUAGUGAUUAUGAAGAAUUUGUGAACCCAAUGGAAUGGUCAUCAGACUCAGAUGUCCCGGAAAAAGCAGAUAGUGACAGUAGCUGGAAGGCUGAAGAUGAAUUUGAGGAGAAAGUACUUAAGAAGAGAGCAGUACGUCCAAGGCCUGUCUUCACAAGAAAACAGAGAAAAAGCAACCCGUCUGUGGAGCCAUCUGAGGCAACCACACUGAAGCUGAGGUGUGAAGAGUGUUCCAAAGAUUUCCCUACUUUGAGGGGCUACAAUAUUCACAUGAAGCGGGUGCACAGUCAGGAGUCAGAAGCCAGAGUGUAUGCUGGUAGUCCUACACAAAUCUCUGCUAAGCAGUCUUCUCAGGGCAGUUCUUCAGAGGACCAUGAAGAAGGCACAAGCAAUGAGGAAAAAGAGCUAAUGGAAGAGAGUGAUGAUGAAUUUGAUAGUAAUUCCAUCUUGCCCUCUUCAGAUGACGAUGUGAAAGAGAAGCGUUUUCCUUGCGGUCUUUGCAGCAAAGCAUUUACAACCAAGAGACAAUUCACUGACCAUGUCAAAGUGCAUGCACGACACCCCUGCUCCCUGUGUCCAUUUACAGGCAGUACCGUCAGGUCUGUUGGACUUCAUGAGCUAGAGGCACACAAUGGGAAGAUACAGCACAAGUGUCCCGAGUGUGGCAAGACUUUCCGUGCCUUACAUUAUAUACGGUCGCACAUCUCAAAGAUCCAUCGUCGUCAAAGCAGACACUUGGCUAAGACCUGUGAGGUUUGUGGGAAAGUUGUCAGUAGCCAUUUCAGCCUUAUAAAUCACAGGAGAACACAUACUGGUGAAAAACCAUAUAACUGUGAUCAGUGCUGGCGUUCUUUUGCUGCUGAAAGGAAUCUAAGAUGCCACAUGCUGGUGCACAGUGACAGGCGCAAGAGAUUUCAGUGCAGAUUCUGCCCCAUGGAAGUGUUGUCACAAGCAAGUUUGAAAAGACAUGAAAAGAUCCACCAAAAUCUCCUGGACACAUAUCCUUGCAAGUUUUGUGGGAAAAACUUUAACAACAAGUAUAACCUGAAAGUCCACCUUCGAAUUCACACAGGAGAGAAACCUUAUGUAUGUAAUAUAUGUGGGGUUGGUUUUCCUCAGAAAAACAGUAUUGAUGUACAUAUGAAAAAACACAAAAUUAUAGUCAAAUCAGACGACCUGGAUGCAGAAAUUGGUUUGCGUGGACAGCCAAGGUUUAGCACAAUGUUGUAUGCUGGUAGUCCUACACAAAUCUCUGCCAAGCAGUCUUCUCAGGGCAGUUCUUCAGAGGACCAUGAAGAAGGCACAAGCAAUGAGGAAAAAGAGCUAAUGGAAGAGAGUGAUGAUGAAUUUGAUAGUAAUUCCAUCUUGCCCUCUUCAGAUGACGAUGUGAAAGAGAAGCGUUUUCCUUGCGGUCUUUGCAGCAAAGCAUUUACAACCAAGAGACAAUUCACUGACCAUGUCAAAGUGCAUGCACGACACCCCUGCUCCCUGUGUCCAUUUACAGGCAGUACCGUCAGGUCUGUUGGACUUCAUGAGCUAGAGGCACACAAUGGGAAGAUACAGCACAAGUGUCCCGAGUGUGGCAAGACUUUCCGUGCUUUGCAUCACAUACGGGCUCACAUCUUAAAGAUCCAUCGUCGUCGAAGCAGACACUUGGCUAAGACCUGUGAGGUUUGUGGGAAAGUUGUCAGUAGCCAUUUCAGCCUUAUAAAUCACAGGAGAACACAUACUGGUGAAAAACCAUAUAACUGUGAUCAGUGCUGGCGUUCUUUUGCUGCUGAAAGCUCUCUGAGAUCCCAUAUGCUGGUGCACAGUGACAGGCGCAAGAGAUUUCAGUGCAGAUUCUGCCCCAAGGAACUGUUGUCACGAAAAAGUUUGAAAAGACAUGAAAGGAUUCACCAAGAUCUUCUGGACACAUAUCCAUGUGAGUUUUGUGGGAAAUGCUUCAACAACAAGUAUAACCUGAAAGUCCACCUUCGAAUUCACACAGGAGAGAAACCUUAUGCAAACAAGGUGCAUGCACUCCUGCCACCACAGCCAUCACUGGCCAACAGUACACUCUGCUCUCUUGGCUGCGUUUCAGCGGGCCGAACUGCUAGAAUUAAAAAGACUGUUGGCCUUGACCCUGAGCGUGCAUUUCCUGACUUCAUGCAGGGAGAACCUACUUUGGCAAAACAUAGGAAUGGGUCCGAGAAAAAGCCCAAAACAGACCUGUAUUUUUCGUCGAAAGGCGCAGAAGUUACAAAGCGAAAAUCAUCCUCUACACCUGAGCAUAGACUUGAAUCAUCUGUCCAAGAACUUAAUGACUGCAGUGAUCACAGCAGUGAUUCUGAAGAGAAAUAUGAGGAAAAAGAUGCCGAUGGUGAGGAAGAAAAUGAAGACGACAUAGAAGAGGAGGAUGGUGGGGGUGAAGAGGGAGAAAACGAGAAAAGUGCUGAUUGUGCAAUGCAACAAACAAAAUCAGCCCAGUCUUUUACUACAGAAGAGGAAAAGCGAUUCAGGUGUGAAUUUUGCAAGAAAAGCUUUGUAAAAAAGAAAGGCUUAAGAAGGCACAAGCGGCUGGUGCAUACAGCCAGGAAAGGUCACAGCUGUUCCAAAUGUUCCUUUCGAACUAAGUCCAUCCUUGAGCUUAGCAAGCAUGAGCGGUCCCAACACCCUGGAGAAUACUCCUACCACUGCCAACACUGUGGAAAAGGAUAUGCCACGCAGAUAAACUUAGGGGACCACAUCAGCCGUGUACAUGAAAGAAAAUACGAAAAGACUUGUGAAAUUUGUGGUCUGGUGCUGCCGGGGUCAUCCAGACUGAUAGAACACCUGCGAACACACACUGGAGAAAGGCCGUACAAGUGUGACAAGUGCUGGUGGAGCUUUGCACAGCAUGCCACAUUUCGGAGACACUUGAUGGAUGUUCAUGCUGAGGUGCGCACAACAUACACAUGUAGCAUCUGCCAGCUACAGCUGUUGUCCAAGAAGUCUCUGAACAGACACAUUAGAAAUCAUGCUGGCCUGGAUCGGUUUCCUUGUGAAUAUUGUGGGCGUAUCUUGUCCUCUAAAUCCAACCUAAAAACUCAUGUCCGUCUUCACACCGGUGAAAAACCAUACACAUGUCAAGUCUGUGCUGCCUCGUUUGCACAGAAAGCGGCUUUGGAUGGUCACAUAAAGAAACAUCAGCAGAAUACAUCUGUAGAGAAUGCACACUCCUGGGAAUCUCAAGAUAUGCUGAAGAGUUCAGGACAACACGAAGAGAACAAGGAACAAACAGAGGGCGAGAAUCUGGAUGAGUUUGAAGACAACCAGCUACUUAAAGAUGAAGACAACUUGGGUGACUCUAACUUCGAGGCCACAUUUCCUUGUGAUUCUGAAAUCGAGGAGGAGGAGACUGAGGAUGAGAUACAGGAGAAGAUCAAGGAUGUGCUGUAUGCAUGUUCUAUCUGCAGCAGAGCAUACAUAUCCGAUCUUGGCUUUCAUUCCCAUAUGAAGAACAAACAUCAGAUUCCCAAUGCAGAUGUCAAACAACAUGAGCUGCCUGUUGGUGGCACUGUGGCCAAAUGCUGUAAGGCAUCAAAACCAGGCUUUUGGUACUACCGCUGUCUGACCUGCAAACGAGUAUUUGGAAAACCUGAGAGCAUGGCUCGACACUUGCGUAUUGGUUUUUACCUGCAGGUUACUUGUGAGACUCUGUGUCCGGAAGGCAGGAAGCUAACCAUUCAUGGAAAAAGUGAACUCUUUGCACAACAUAAGCGCUUUCUUUGUCACAAGUGUGGCAAAGAGAUCUUAGGAAAAAAGUCUUUUGACAAUCAUGUGAGAAAGCAUAUCCCUCCUAGGAAAAUUCUCAGCUGUGAAAUGUGUGGUUUCUCCACCCGACUUCACACAUCUUUUAAAGUGCACCUAGAGACACACAAACUGGUGCGUGUAAGACCCUGCAUGUGUGAUAUCUGCGGCAAAACAUACUUCGAUAAAUCUGCUGUUAGAGAUCAUAAAACACGAGCACACUUACGAGACAAAGAGUUCAAAUGUUGUGUGUGUGGUAGAGUAUUCUAUCUCAAACAGGACAUGGUGCGCCAUGUAAAGACUCACCAAGGAUUGCGCCCACACAAGUGUGAAGAGUGUGGACAAUGCUUCUCUACUGGCUACAACUUGCGGGUCCACCAGAGGAUACACACUGGAGAAAAACCAUACAAGUGCAAAGAGUGUGAGGCAUCAUUUGCUCAAAAGAAUAGUUUGAAUGUGCACAUGAAAAAGCACCCAAAACGGGAGACCGGUGAUUUAUUUGAGUCUCAUGACUCAGAAAAGAAUUUAGAAUCAGAUAUUUAUGAUGUAGUCAGCGCCAUGGUGUUCCCAAAUGCUUUUGCUGAAAAACUGAACUCACUUCGUGCUGAGUUUAAAUGCAGUUUCAGUGACACUGAGGUGCAGAAAAACAAUUUCCAACUAUUUCACAACCCAUUUGCCAUUGACAUGGAAACUGCACCUAUGCAUUUGCAGAUGGAGCUCAUAGAACUGCAGUGUAAUGAGUCACUGAAGGCAUCAAAACCAAGCUUUUGGUACUUCCGCUGUCUGACCUGCAAAAGAGCCUUUGGAAAGCCUGAAAGCAUAGCACGACACUUGCGUGUCACUUCUGGCAAGCAUGUAACUUGUGAGACUGUGUGUCCAAAUGGCAGGAAAUUUAACGUUUGCGCUAAAAGUGAGCUUUUUGUACAGCACAAGCGCUUCCUUUGCCACAAGUGUGGCAAAGAGGUCUUGGGGAAACGAUCUUUUGAUGUCCACAUUAAAACUCACAUCCUUGCUAAGAAAACUUUCAGCUGUGAAGUAUGUGGUUUCUCUACAAGAAAGUGUACAUCAUUUAAAGUGCACAUACAAAGACACAAUGUUGUGCGUGAAAAACCAUGGAAGUGUGAUAUCUGUGGCAAAAAAUACUUUGAGAGAUCAUCUGUUCGAGAGCACAAACAGCGGGCACACCUACGAAACAUGGAGUUCAAAUGCCCAAUAUGUGGCAGAGCCUUUUAUAUCAAAUACGAUAUGUUACGCCAUGUGAAGAGUCACCAAGGAUUGCGCCCACACAAGUGUGAAGAGUGUGGGCAGUGCUUCUCUACUGGCUACAACUUGCGGGUUCAUCACAGGAUACACUCUGGAGAAAAACCAUACAAGUGCAAAGAGUGUGAGGCAUCGCAUCAGGCAUCAAAACCAAGCUUUUGGUACUACCGCUGUCUGACCUGCAAAAGAACCUUUGGAAAACCUGAGAGCAUGGCUCGACACUUGCGUAUCAGUGUUUGCCAGCAAGUAACUUGUGAGACUGUGUGUCCCAGUGGCAGGAAGCUUAAUGUCCACAGUAAAAGCGAACUUUUUGUGCAGCACAAACGCUUCCUUUGUCACAAGUGCGGCAAAGAGGUUUUGGGGAAAAAAUCUUUUGACCACCAUGUGAGAAGACAUAUACCUCCAAGAAAAAUUCUUAGUUGCGAAGUGUGUGGUUUCUCUACAAGAAAGCACACAUCAUUCAAGGUGCACCUAGAGACACACAAACUUGUGCGUAUUAAACCUUGCAUGUGUGAUAUCUGUGGCAAAACCUAUUUCGAUAAAUCAGCUGUUAGAGACCACAAAAUACGGUCACACCUACGAGACAGGGAGUUUAAGUGUCACAUGUGUGGGCGAGUCUUUUAUCUCAAGCAGGACAUGUUACGUCAUGUGAGAACUCACCAAGGAUUGCGCCCACACAAGUGUGAAGAGUGUGGACAAUGUUUCUCUACUGGCUACAACUUACGGGUCCAUCAGAGGAUACACACUGGAGAAAAACCAUACAAGUGCAAAGAGUGUGAGGCAUCGUUCGCACAAAAGAAUAGUUUGAAUGUGCACAUGAAGAAACACCCCAAACAGGAGACCGGCAAUGCUGUGCAGUCUCAUUAUAGGAUGGUCAUGUGCAACCAAAUUUUGCAUCUAAACAUGCUAUUUUGCUCAAUAGUACAGUAUAUACUGAGAUUUUUUCCUAGUUUUCAUCACAAACACAUCCCUUCAUCCUUUAUUCCUGUUCAGAUGAAGACUUUCAAGAUCUAUUCCUCUGUGCAGGAAUCAAAACCAAGCUUUUGGUACUACCGCUGUCUGACCUGCAAAAGAGCCUUUGGCAAGCCCGAGAGUAUGGGCCGACACUUGCGUGUGAGUGUUGGCCACCAAGUAACAUGCGAGACUGUGUGCCCCAAUGGAAGGAAGCUUGCCAUCCACAAUAAAGUUGAACUUUUUGCACAGCACAAGCGCUUCCUUUGUCACAAGUGUGGCAAGGAGAUCUUGGGGAAAAACUGUUUUGACCACCACAUUAGAGGGCAUAUCCCUCUCAACAAAAUUCUCACGUGUGAAGUGUGCGGCUUCACCACCAGAUUGUACUCAACCAUCAAAAGGCACCGAGAUACUCACAAAACCAUGCGUGCUAGACCCUUUGCAUGUGAUGUCUGUGGUAAAAUGUACUUUGAAAAGACAACUCUCAGAUAUCACAAGGAGCGAGCACACCUGCGAGACAAGGAGUUUAAGUGUCACAUGUGUGGAAAGAUCUUCUACGAUAAGUAUAAGCUGAAGCGCCAUGUCACUUCUCAUCAAGGGUUGCGGCCACACAAGUGUGAAGAAUGUGGACAGUGCUUCACUACCCUUUACAACUUGCAGGUCCAUCAAAGGAUCCACACUGGAGAAAAGCCAUACAAGUGCAAAGAGUGUGAUGCAUCUUUUGCACAAAAGAACAGUUUGAAUGUGCACAUGAAAAAACACCAAAAACAGGAAAGCAAUCAUUCUCUAGAGUCUUGUGGGUUAGACAAGAAUUAUAUUGCAAAUAGAUUUUGGAAGGGGUUCAAAAUUGACAGGUGUUGCAUUUCUUGUUUCUCUCGUGGGGAAAGAAUGGUGUCAGUACGUUAUCUACACCUGCCCACCAUUCCAUCCUUUUAUCUUUCUGUGCUUCUUGUUCGAAUGAAGACUCUCAAGAUCUAUUCCUCUGUGCAGGCAUCAAAACCAAGCUUUUGGUACUACCGCUGUCUGACCUGCAAAAGAGCUUUUGGAGAAUCUGAGUGUAUUGCUCGACACUUGAGAAUUAGUGGAAUUAAUGUUUGCCAGCAGAUAGCUUGUAAGACUGUGUGUCCUACUGGAAGAAAGCUUGCCAUCCAUGGAAAAAGUGAACUCUUUGCACAGCACAAGCGCUUUCUUUGUCACAAGUGUGGGAAAGAGUUGUUGGGGAAAAGGCCUUUCGACCGACAUAUGAGAUGUCAUAUUCCUCUCAGCAAAAUUUUUACCUGCGAAGAGUGUGGCUUCACCACCAGCUUGUACUCAUCAAUCAGAAAGCACCGAGAAACACACAAAGCUGUUCGUGCAAGACCCUUUGCCUGUGAUAUCUGCAGUAAGACAUACCUGCAUAAAUCUUCUGUUACACAUCACAAGACAUGGACACACCAGCGAGACAAAGAGUUCAGGUGUCACCCAUGUGGGAGAGUGUUCUAUGUGAAGCAUUUGCUUCAGCGCCAUGUUAAGACUCACCAGGGACUUAAACCUCACAAAUGUGAAGUGUGUGGACAAUGCUUCACUACUGCAUACAACUUGCAGGUCCAUGGGAGGAUACACACUGGAGAAAAACCAUACAAGUGCAAAGUGUGUGAGGCAUCAUUUGCACAAAAGAACAGUUUGAACGUGCACAUGAAGAAGCACCCAAAACAGGAGGACACUUGUGUACCUAAUGGUAAUUAACUUUUUUUUUCUGUUUCUUUGGUUUCACUUUUAAAAUUCAUUCUCUUUUGUUGUAUUGCUUUGAAUUACUGUGCCUUUGGAAAUUGUAUUACUGAACUAACAGUUUCACUAACCUGAUUUUGUGAUGAAAUAAUUUGUGCCCAGUUUAUAAAAUUUGAUGACAUAUCAUAUACAUAAAAAAAUGUGUACAAAAAUUACCCCAGGCCUCAUUAUACUGUGCAUAAGCAUUUCCUAUCCUACACAAAGAGUGAUACAUAUAGAAACUUAAGAGUAUUUACAAGAAUGAUGGCAUUGUUGUCUUAAGUGUUGUUGAAUGUUCAGACAUUUCUGUAUUUGGUAAACAAAAUUUACAGUAUUUUAGUAAAUAAGUUUCUAGUUAGGGUGACAAUGCUAAUUGUAGUUUCCCAGCUGUACUCUUAGUCAGCCAUUCUUUAAUAAUAUAAAUUUGUAAAAUUAUAUUUCUCUGUGUGGAUUUGAACCCAGCAUAGGAAUUUUUUUUCUUUACAUCCACAUGGCUUUUAUCAAAGCCUUCAAAGAUA